AUGUCCAGUGGAGUGAAGUUUAAUGCCGGGAAGGUGCUAUACGAUGAAGAAACCAAAAAGUGCGAGCCCUUAGCAAUCAAGGGCCAAGUCACCAUAACUCAAAUGGAAGAUGAGAGCAUGUAUGAAUUUGUGUGGAAUCCUAAGGCAGAUUCAAGUAAUCUUGAAAAAGAUGAAUUAUUGAUUAUGCCUGGUGAUGUUACCUUCAAGCAAGUGAAAUCAUGUAAGACUGGACGUGUAUUUGCCCUAACAUACUUGUCUUCUGGAGCCAAGUAUUUAUAUUGGUUACAGGACCCUGGUGAUGAUCAAGAGUUGGACCAAUUGACUGCUAAAGAUGAAGCAUUGGUUAAGGAAAUAGAAACGUUAUUUGCUUCUGAAGGUGAUGAAGAAGAGGAAGAAGAGGAGAAAACUGCUAUCACUUCAGCUCGUGACGCUGAAGAAAAUAAAGAUACCAUGAUAUCUUUCCCACAAUCUAUUACAUCAAUUUUAACUGAAGAAAAUGUCAAAAAGUACUUUGAUACCUUGACUGAAGAUGAAGCCGCAAAAAUUAUGGCCCCUAUAUUGCCAGAAGAAUAUAAGAAUACUCGGAAAUUGGAUAAGGAGUUUUUGCUUAAAGUAUUCCGCAGUGGGGUAUUCAAAAGACAAGUAAGAUAUCUUGAAGGCAUUCUUAGUUCUGUGCCAGGCAGUGGAAUGCUUAUGUCUCAAUCAUUAAAAUUUGAGUAUAGUGGCGAAGGUGUCGGGGCAUUCCUUCGGGGCAUUAGCCAAUUGGCUGUCAAGGAGCAGCAGAAGAAAGAUAAUGAUAACGAAGAGCAACAAUAA